CACUGUCAAACAACACCAGCCCCUCGUUACAGUGUGCUCUACUUUAUCACUUUCUCUCUGAGCGGCAAGUUUUUGUAGCAUUGAAGCCUAAAGGAUGCUACUAUUGUCGCCAAUAUCAAGCUCCAAUGUACCCACUAAGUACAUGAAUCAGCCACUUAGAAGGGCAAGGUCUCAUAUGGCACUGAAAAUAGUGGGCAUGGCGAAGGAGGGCAGUGACACGGGUAACGGCGUUACAGAGAAAGCAGCAAUAGUGGGAGGAUUGAUCUCAACCCCAGUGAUUGCAUGGUCUCUCUACACACUGAAAACAACAGGGUGCGGCCUUCCCCCAGGCCCUGGUGGGUCUAUUGGUGCAUUAGAAGGAGUGAGUUACUUAGUGGUUGUGGGCAUAGUGGGUUGGUCUUUGUACACUAAAACCAAAACUGGUUCUGGCUUGCCCAAUGGUCCUUUUGGGUUGUUGGGUGCUGUUGAAGGUUUGUCAUAUUUGGCAUUAGUUUCCAUUGUUCUUGUCUUUGGUUUGCAAUACCUUGAUCAGGGUUUCAUCCCUGCUCCUCUUCCUAACGAUCAGUGUUUUGGUUAGGUUCUUUUGCUUUCCGAUAGGAUAAUAAAUGUAUGUAUUAUGAGCCACUACUAUUCUAUCGUUCCACUUGUGGAUAUGGUGGCGCCAUCUCUAUGUCGUUUUCCACUACCUUUUGUUACAAUAUUAUGACCGUAAAUGCUAAUUAAU